AUGUUCGUUCCAAGCAACAACAAUUUCUCACAGGAAGACCCGUUACAACGUGAAGUCAUUCAUCUGUUGCACACUCAGUUUCCGCACGUGAAUGAAAGUACAAUUCAAACAUUAUUGGAACAAUCGAAUUACGAGAAGGAUCAAGUGCUGACAGUCUUACAGAACAUGAGCCACCAGGAAGGUACAUCAAUGGGGAAUUCAUCAUUCGCACAUUCACAGCCCUGUAAUUUUUCUCAUACAUCCCCUUCCAUGGCGCCGAUGAAUUUAUCGCAACAACAAUCCAUGGUGAAUUCUGUGAUGAUCAGUCCAUCCAUGCAUGCAAGUAGCAGUAAUUUGUAUCCACAGAAUUCCAUGAUGGGAAAUAAUACACAACCGUAUCAGUAUCAUUUUGCGUCAACUUCCAGUUAUCCUUCUAUGAAUGUGAAUCCAUCCAUACCAAAUUCCAUGAUCACAGCAACUCCUGUCAACAACAGCACGGUGCCACCAUAUCACUUUCAUGACAACAUGUUAUCAACAAGUUACUGCGGACCCUAUUGCAAUCCUUCAUUUGUCAAUGGCAAUUUGAUGAUGAGUAGCAAUACGCUCUCUUCAAUGCCUCCCAUUUCUCUGUCCACACGUACUAACACAGAUGACACCCUGAUGAAACCUAUCAAAUCCAUCACUGAAAAACAACCUUGUCAAGAUUGGGAUUUAUGCAAAAAAACAAAUGAUCAAGAUCAUGUUGAAAACUUCUUUCACCCAUGUAAAUUUGGCACUUCUUGUAAGAAUAUGAAUCAACCAGGACAUCGAAAUCGUUAUUUACAUCCAUGCAGCCAACCUCAAGGCAAAUGCACCAAAUUACAAGACAGAGAGCAUUGCACCUUUUUCAUUCAUUAUAGAGAUGAUAAGCCAGUCACAUCAACAUACACGUAUCCAGGAGCUAAAGACAUUUGUAUCAGCGCUAUGAAAUGUUCCAAGAGUUCCAAUAGGUAUCACAUGGUUUCAUAUAGACACAUAUGUAGAGAAGGCGAAAAGUGUAAGGAAUUAGAUUCAAAUCAGGAGCACAAGAAUUUAUUUCUCCAUCCAUGUCGAUUCAAAUCCCAAUGUACCCAGAAAAACGUCAAAGCUCAUUCUCGAAACUUUAUUCAUCCAUGCCCUGAAGGUUCGAGUUGUAAGAAAUUCCUGGAAGGAAUUGAUAUGAUGCCUCACAUUGUUCUUUUUUCUCAUCCAGUUGGUUCUGACAGCUCCAACCUCGUGAAAUAUGAAUGGCCACAGACUUGGGUGACACCACCUCCACCAAAAUUAAGCAAAAAUCCCUUAGAAAAGCCUCACUUUGCCAAAGUGAAAAUCGCAUCCAGCACUGCUGAAUAUCAACAAGUGCAACAAUUCUUCAACAAAACCAUAACAACUACCAAGACCAUUAUCUCUAUUGAGAGAAUUGAAAAUUAUUUACUAUGGUUUAGAUUUUGUCAAAAAAGAAAGAAAAUGGGAAGUUUACACAACGAAACACAAUUAUUUCAUGGAACCCAUUUAGCAUAUAUUGAUUUAAUUGCUGAACAGGGAUUAGAUCCACGUGUAAGCGGAAGUGGUAAAUUUGGCUUUGCAAUCUAUACCAGCCCUUAUUCGAGAUAUUCAGAUACCUAUGCAUCAGCAAAUAAUAAUAAUCCAAAAUAUAUAUUUGUGGUGAGAGGACUUGUUGGAGACACAUAUACAAUACCAGGUAUCACAACGAUGGGCUCAAUUAAAAGGCCUCCAGUGAAACCAGGUUCAACAACACAAUUGUAUGAUAGUGUGACUGGGUGGAAUGGACAGGAAAUUAUGUUUUAUGACCAAACUCAAGUGUAUCCAGAAUACUUGAUUACCUACAAUUAA